UCAAGAACUUCUUCCUUGUUUAUCUAAGAAAUUCCAUUAGAAUUGCAGCACAAACUACAAAGCUGCAUGUUUGAAGAACUUAUCAACAGCAAACUCACUUAAAACUAUUUGAAUUAUUUAUCAAUUGGAGUUAUUCAAUCGAUUUGAGGCAGGUCAAGAGCUCAGUCAAUAAAAUCCUUAUCGUUUCCGCUCUAUCUUAAGCAGUCGAUGGGCAAAGAAAAUCAUAUAAAUUGUCUAGGAUUGCACUUGCAAUGCCAUCAGUUGAUAUUCUUUCGUGAGACGGCAAACUCAACUCUCUCUGAUGAUGAAGCUCGUUCUGCAGCUCCUCUUUACGUUGAUUGCGGUCCUACUCUUGGCCAUUUACCAGGCUGAAGGCCAAUUCAAUCCCAUCACUGGCUGCGACACCAAAGGAUUCUGUGUCUGUGCCGGGCAUGCAGCUGGCGAUGUGGUUCCUGAUUGCACGGAUUGCACCAGAUACUAUUUGUGUGGCGUUAACACCAUCGAUCGCAUUCUCUGCCCAGCUGGACAAGUGUUUGACAUCAAUGUGCUAGCUUGUGUGCCGGGCUCGUGUCCACGCAUUGAUGGUGAAUGUCCUGCUCCUGAACCAGCACCGGGUCCAUCACCAUGUCCAUCGCCAAGCCCAUCACCGAGUCCAACUCCGAGUCCAUCACCGAGUCCAUCACCGGGUCCAUCACCGAGUCCGUCGCCAUGUCCUGGUCUUUGUCCAUCGCCGAGUCCUGCUCCGAGUCAUUGUGAAAACCAAGAAGUGAGUUGCCAAUUUCCUGGCCAGAUUAUACCUAAUGCCGAGCAUUGUCGCCUCUUUUGGACCUGUGUGGAGUUGUGUCCCGUGUUGGGCUUCUGUGAGUUGGGCAUGUGGUUCGACCGCGAUAAUUUCGUUUGCAACUAUCAAUGCUAUGUGCACAACUGUCCGGCGGGCAGGGAUUAAACACACAUACACUCACACACACAUAUAAUAAAACUUACGCCAUGCCAAAUGGCGCAAAUUUACUUUUAACGCUCAUUAAACUGCAAUUGGCUCCAUGAAAACAUGAAAACGACUACAACAAUAGCAACAACAGCAACGAC